AUGUCGGCGCUGGAGAGCGGAUUCGUUAAAGCGGCUUCUGAUAAUCUACCAAACGUGGACAUUGAAAUGGUAAAUAACUUUUUUGUGAACAAUUUACAGUUUCUAAGUUCAGAAGUUCGCAAUAUUAAAACAAAAAGGUCUGCCUCAGAAAAAUAUGGAGACAACGCAAUAACAUAUGUCCAGCUAAAAAGAGCAGAUAACAUAUGUACAGUGAAGGCCAAAAUUACUCCAGAACAUAGGGUUAGGCAUGUAGCCUACAAACUGCAAGCAGUGAUCAAUGAGGAAGACGAAGAAGUGCUAAGUUGUGAGUGCUUGGAUUGCCCAGCCUCCGCAGGAGGUUGCAAACAUGGAGUGGCCUUUUUGUUGUGGCUUCACAGAAGGAGCGAAGAACCUUCAGUUACUUCAGUUGAAUGCUACUGGAAAAAGUCCAAGUUGGCCAAGGGUGUCGAAGUAAACCAGAGCAUUGCUAACUUAACAAAAAAAAAAACACCUAUCUUACCGAAUACUAUUGACCCUGAUUUCCUGAAGCAAGUUGUCGAAGCUUGUUCCCAAUCAGAGGGUACCUACAUUGUUUAA